CCGAUACCCAGUGAAAGCCAGCGUAUCAACAAGAUUGACGUUGUCUUUCAUACUCACUUUUGCUAGUAGCAAUGGCCACUCGUUUUGCAUCUCGCGCGUUGUUACUCGCUCUAUUAUUCUGCUCAGUGUGGAGUGUUGUUGUCGCUCUAGACAAUGGACAGGAUUCCCUAGUCGUUCGGGAAUCAGAAAUACACGAAUGUCCUUCCAUUGAGAAGCUCAGUGCUCUCAAAAUUGCUGUGGAGGAGAAGGAAUCCCCGGUUAUGAGACAAGUAUUCGCAUGGUUGUUCCCAUUCGGCCCUGGUUGGAAUUCAGUGCUUGGGACAUUUUACAUCAGCUCGGUGCCGAAUUUUAUCCUCGCAUUUAUUCCCGCGGAGAUCCAUCCAGACACUCUCAAUACUAUGACUGCUUUCGCUACUGGGGGCCUCCUUUCUGACGUUUUUCUCCACCUCGUCCCCCAUGCAUUUAUGGGAGAGCAUCAAGAUCCGGGUGCUCACUUUGUGAUGGUCGAAGAGAAAAGGAAUAUCCUCAUUGGGUUAGGUAUUUUUGUUGGAUUUGCUACCUUUUUCAUCAUGGAAAAGACACUAAGAGUACUUGGUGGCGAGGAAGGCCACGGUCAUUCACAUGACCAUUCUCACACUCAUUCUGAAGCUACGGUCGUAUCUGCACAGGCAUCUGGAGUAUCGACCUCCUUGUCACCUGAUGGUCUUCGAUCACGAGGAUUGGAGAAACAAGAUGAAGUAGAUCACCAAGAACACGUCGAACAACCCCAUGCUGCAACGGCACCUUCGAAGCUCUCAGCAUAUCUCAACCUAUUUGGCGACUUUGUCCACAACAUCAUGGCCGCAUCGUUCUAUUCUUCACCUCUUAUUGGUGCUACUACCACGCUUGCAUGCUUUGCCCACGAAAUUCCUCAUGAAAUUGCGGACUAUUCGAUUCUCGUGCGUAGUGGAUUUACCAAAAAGCAAGCAAUGCAAUCGCAGUUCUUGACUGCCAUCGGUGCAUUUGUGAGUACACCCCAGACGUUUAUGGGAAUCGCCAUCCAUAAUUUAUCGGCGUCCGGUACAAUUACAGAGUCGCUGGACUUAGCUUCAGGGGUGCGGCAAGAUGCUUCCGGGAUUCUGGGCACUACUGUUCAAGCAGCGGAUUUGGUAAUCCCCUUUGUGGCCGGUGGAUUUUUAUACAUUGGCGCCGUCGCAGUAUUACCUACUGCCUCCCAUGAUUUAUUCGAGCUUCUCAGUCUGCUGGCAGAGAGCAAAAGCGGUGCGCAAGCUCUUCGCGAGUUCGGUGCGAUGGCCUUUGGAGUGCUUUGCAUGUUCUUCGUUGCAUGGAACGAAUAGAUGUGCUCGCACGCGUAUUAAUCUUUUAAAGCUUCACCUGUCAGUCAACUGAUAUCCGGACGUAAAUAUUAUAUAUCACGAAGGUACCGCGCAUAGAUUGUUCCAAGCGUCGGAGGCAGUGGCGAUCCAGUGUAGAUGCUGCAGUGUAGACAGUUGUGCCGUGAAGACCUUAUAUACCAUUCUUCUGAUACACGAUGGCGAAACGUCGAGAAUAUGGAAGGUUCAUUUCAAGGCCAU